AUGUCUCUCUUCCAGCCUGCUCCUCCUCCACCCACCAAGCUCGGUGUUCUCCGCGUGCUCUCUCCCAAUGCAGGCGUGCACGUUUCACCUAUCUGCCUUGGCGGAAUGAGCAUUGGAGACAAAUGGAGUGAUUUAUUCGGUUCUAUGGAUAAAGACUCGAGCUUCAAGCUUCUCGACGCUUAUUAUGACAUGGGGGGAAACUUCAUCGAUACCGCAAACAACUACCAAGACGAAAGUUCUGAGCAAUUCCUCGGUGAGUGGAUGGAAAAGCGCGGGAUACGAGAUCAAAUUGUUCUUGCCACAAAAUACACUACAAAUUUCAAACGCGGAAACGAAUCAAUCGCACAGAAAGCGAAUUAUACAGGAAAUAAUGUAAAGUCAAUGCACAUCAGCAUUGAAGCCAGCUUGAAGAAGCUCCGAACGUCCUAUAUCGACUUGUUAUACGUGCAUUGGUGGGAUUAUGAUACAUCCGUCAAAGAAGUCAUGGACGGAUUGCAUUCCCUCGUGAUGCAAGGGAAAGUGCUUUAUCUGGGAAUAUCCGAUACCCCUGCCUGGAUAGUAUCCCAAGCUAAUGAAUACGCUCGAAGCAAUGGCAAAACCCCAUUCGUUGUCUACCAAGGGCUUUGGAACAUCCUUGACCGUUCCUUCGAGCGUGAUAUCAUUCCCAUGGCUCGUUCCUUAGGUUUGGCUCUCGCCCCUUGGGGCGUUUUGGGUCAAGGAAAACUACGCACCGACGCGGAAGAACAACGGCGGAAGGAGAGCGGGGAGAAUGGACGCACCGAUGCGAUUCUUGGCCCGAGUUGGCAAAGGAAUGAAGCCGAGACAAAAGUAUCUCGUGCUCUGGAAAAAGUGGCUGGUGAGCUUGGAUUGGGCAGUAAUAUUGGUGCCGUUGCAAUUGCGUAUGUAUUGCAGAAGACCCCUUACGUUUUCCCAAUCAUCGGAGGGCGAAAGAUUGAACAUCUUCAAGAAAACAUCAAGGCACUCGGAAUUUCCCUUAGCGUGGAACAAGUUCAAUUCCUGGAGAGCAUUGUUCCCUUCGACCCCGGAUUUCCUCAUAAUCUACUUGGCGAUGGAAGCAAACCGUUCCUCGGGAUGCUGAACGCAAUGUCAUACAAGAAAGUCCCAGUUCAACAGCCCAUCAAACCCACUGAUUGA